GUGGAUUUAUAUGAAGGUGUGGAGGUGCCAAAGAAGACUUGAGCACAGUCUUCCACAGGCAGACGGUGAGGCAGCAGCCCAGCUAUGUUUAGAGCAGUGUUUGGGAACAAGAGAGAGGGAGGUGGAAAAUGCAGAGACAAAAAGAUCCAGAGACAUCCAGGAAGUGAGGUGUACACUCACUGCACCUUGCAGACGGAUAGCAGCGGGCGUGCCUCACACCUCGAGGAUGAUAACAUCAGCCACACUGAAAGCCCAGUAAAAGUGAUGAGACUGACCAAGGGUGUGUCCACUUCUUUACCAUCCUCCCCUCUUCUCCCUCACCUUACCAACAUGGUUCACUCCCAGUCAUGCAUCAGGUUCCCAGGACGGGUAAAGAAGCUGGAGUAUGUGGAUGGCUCUUCCAGUACAAGAGAACCUCUUGUCUUUGCCUCGUGCUGUGGCAAGACAGACCACAGAGACCUCCACGUGGAGCCCCAGCUGGGCUCCUCCCUUUCUACCCAGGAACUGAUGACCAGACUAUGCUUGUUACUGGGAGAAGCAACGCCUGGCACUGCUAACUCUCCUAUGGAGGACAGGAAGGAAAAGAAGUGUGAUACCUCUGCCCUUGGGGGCAGUCCCAGCUCCACCCUGACCUGCAGCACUGCCUCCCCCUGUUCAGACAGCCCCUCUUCCACCUUGAGCACCAGUGCUGGAUGCCAGCAGCCUUUACCCUUACUUUCAACCCACUGCGGUUCCAGUUCCAGCCCCAGUGGGACCCUUCCCAGGCCUGCCACUUGUCCUGCUCCUGGUUCAAUCACCAAGAACAGCCCUGGGCCUCCUUCUCAAAGCCCGACCUCCACCCUGGAGAGCAAGGAUAGUGGAAUCAUAGCAACCAUCACUAGUUCUUCAGAGAAUGAGGAACGCAGUGCCUCCAGUGAGGUUCCAACUAAGGAUGAAGACCCAGGGAUUGGUGCUGGGGUAAUGGGUCGUGCAAGUGAGGGCCACCACCCUGGACCAACCAGGGACAAUCUGGCCGUUCAACCAGAUGAGGCCUUACCUAGAACUGACAUCAUGGAGCCCAGGACUCCACCAGCACCAAAAAGACCUCUUCCACAGCACCACGUACACAGCGCAUACUCCCUUGCGUUACCCCGUCCAAAUUCUGUGGCAGCAACCAGCUCUACUCGACUGGACGAUUUGAAUUAUCUGGACAACCAAAGGGCUGCUGGACACAGGGGCUCUGUCCGCAAACACAAUACAGCUGGACGCACAAAUGAUGACUCCAAAGGGAGAUUAGUGCCAUUCAAACAAGCUGACAUCAUGCUAAAACCGCUGCUGUUUGAAGUCCCCGGCAUCACUGCAGAAACUCCUUUUGUUGGUCGGGAUUGGCUCUUCACACGUCUGGAGGAGGUCCUGACAAAAACGAGCAGCUGUGAGGGACGUGGGGCCGUCAUUGUAGGUAACGUGGGAUCUGGCAAGACUGCUGUCAUCUGGCGGCUGGUGACGGUCAGCUGUCAUGGCAUGCGCCCACCACAGGGGGGUCCCAGCAUCCUUCACAGCCCCAGCUCCUCCCCUAAAUGUGGGGAUAGGCAGGGAAAAGCAGCCUCCAAACAGCCAGCUGAUUCCAAGCCAAACCAGAGUGCUGUUGCAGGAACAAACGAUAGUGCAGCACAAGGGAAGGAGGCUGUCAGAUGCCUAGCUGCCAAGGUGGUAGCCUACCAUUUCUGUCAGGCUGACAACACCUACACCUGCUUGGUACCGGAGUUUGUGCACAGUGUUGCCGCCCUGCUGGCCAGAGCACCACAGCUCACCCCAUAUAGGGAGCUACUGGUUCAAGAGCCUCACAUACAAAACACACUCAGCCUGAGAUCCUGUGUUCAAGACCCCAUCGCUGCCUUCCGAAAGGGUAUCAUAGACCCCAUAGCCAGCCUGCGCAAAGAACGAAGGCUACCUGAAGAAGACUACAUCAUAUUGGUUGACAGUCUUAAUGAGGCCGAAUUCCAUAAACCAGACUAUGGGGACACCAUUGCCACCUUCAUCACCAAAAUAGUCGCCAAAUUUCCACAUUGGCUUAAAUUGGUGGUCACAGUCAGGACGGGCCUGGUGGAAAUCACCACCCUUCUUCCCUUCUCUGGCAUCUCUCUGGACAUACUGCCAGACAGCAGUGAUCUUGGAGCUGACCUGAGUGACUACAUCCAUCACCGGGUCAGCAGCAGCACCCAGGUGGCCGCUAACGUCACCACACCAACAGGCUCUGCCCCCGAUCCGCUGCUCCUCAGCAAAUUCAACAGCCACCUGUCAACACGGAGCCACGGUUCCAUCCUGUACCUUCAGCUGACCCUGGAUCUGUUCCACAAAGGCCACCUGGCUCUAAAAGGAGGAAACUACCUGGUGGUGCCUGUCUCCCUGUCAGAGGUGUACCUGCUGAUGUGUCGUGUGAGCUUUCCGGAUAAAGAGGUCUUUGAACGGGUACUUCCGGUGCUAAAUGUGGCACUGGCAUCUCUGCACCCACUGACUGAUGAACAAAUGUUCAGAGCACUGAACGCAGGCAGUGUGAGGGGAGAGAUGGAGUGGAAGGACUUCCAGCAGAGAUUAGACAGCCUGGCUGGAUUCAUGGUGAGACGCAGGGAUGGCACACGGAUGCUAUGUCACCCCUCCUUCAGAGAGUAGCUAGUUUGGAGAGGAGAUGGAGAGAGCACAGACUUUCUCUGUGACCCUAGGAGCGGCCAUGCUCUCUUGGCCUUCAUGUUCUCCAGACAGGAGGGCAAGCUGAACCGGCAGCAGACUAUGGAACUGGGACAUCACAUUCUCAAGGCUCACAUAUUCAAGGGUCUGAGUAAAAAGACAGGUGUGUCCUCCAGUGUACUUCAGGCCAUGUGGGUGAACUGCAGUACAGACAGCCUCUCUGCUGCUCUGGCCUCCCUGAGGAACCUAUAUACACCUAACAUCAAGGUAAGUCGUCUGUUGAUGCUAGGUGGCGCUAGUGUGACCUGGUGUACAGAAGUGGUAGGACAUGCCCCCAUCCUGGCUGUGCAUGCCCACCUGGGACAUGUGGAGAUGGUAGCUCUGCUGCUUGAAAUGGGCGCCCCUGUAGACGGGACCACUGACAGCGGCAUGACGCCCCUCUGUCUGGCCGCCGCUGCAGGACACACCGAAAUUGUCUGCCUGCUCUGCAAGAAAGAGGCCAAGGUGGGCCAUGCUGAUAAGAGCGGCCAAUGUGCACUGGUCCAUGCUGGGCUGAAGGGCCAUGUAGAAAUCAUCAACAUCUUGCUGGGCCAGGACUGGGCAGCAGAGAUCCCCACUGACCCACAGCAGCAACACAGCAAUGAGACUGUGACUGGGAAAACGCAGGCAGCACAGCAGGCGGUUACAGCUGCAGCUAGUGUGGGACACAUUCAGGUGGUGAAGAGCUUGCUGGACGUGAAAGAUGAACAGCUGGCAGUGCAGAUGGAUGCUCACGACUCUCUCUGGGGAGAAACGGUGCUGAGCGCGGCAGCAGGGAGAGGGAGGAUGGAGAUGUGUGCGUUCCUCCUGGAGCGGGGGGCAGGGAUGGAGAUUCCAAACCGCAGAGGAAUGGUCCCAUUGCUUAGUGCCACCAAACACAGACACAUGCAGGUUGCCGAGUUGCUUCUGAAUCAGGGUGCAGAUAUCAACGUCAGCGACAAGCAGGGUCGCACUGCGCUGAUGCUGGCUGCCUCUGAGGGCCACGUGACCACUGUUGAGCUCCUACUGUCAAAGGGUGCUUCUCUGUCCUCUGCUGACCAGGAGGGGCUUACUGCUCUUAGCUGGGCCUGUCAGAAGGGCCAGAAAGCUGUGGUGCAGCUUCUGGUUGAGGCAGGUGCAGACCUGAACCAGCCAGACAGACAGGGACGGACUCCUCUUGAUCUGGCUGCUCUUAACGGGGAUGCAGAUACAGUGCACUGCUUGGUGGAACAUGGAGCCGUGCUGGAGAGAGCCGACAACAACGGUACCAGAGGUUCAGACAGGACGACCGGCUGCCAGAACCCGGCUCUGGUGGCCUCACUGCUUAAGAAAGGAUCCAAAAUGGGCUACAGAACAGCACCACAUGAUCGAUCAGGUCACGCUACAUGGGCUAUGGCUUCCUCCAAACCGGACAUUCUCAUCAUCCUGCUGCAGAAGUUGAUGGAGGAAGGGAACAUGCUUUACAAGAAGGGACGUAUGAAGGAGGCAGGCCAGCGUUAUCAAUAUGCCCUAAGGAAGCUACCUCGAGAGGGGCAAGGAGAGGAGCUGAAAGGUCUCAAAGACCUACGGGUCUCCCUCUAUCUAAACCUUUCCCGCUGCCACAGGAAAACCAAUGAUUUUGGCAUAGCUGAAGAGUUUGCAACAAAAGCCUUGGAACUCAAACCCAGAUCUUAUGAAGCGUAUUACGCCAGAGCGCGGGCCAAGAGGAGCAGCAGGCAGUUUGCUGCAGCACUGGCAGACCUCCACGAAGCAGCAAGACUUUGUCCAUCUAACCGAGAGAUACAGCGCCUGCUGGCACGAGUAGAGGAGGAAUGUAAACAUCAUCAGAAGACAUCUAGCAAUAAUUCAAUACAGGGUUACAACAGGGACCCACACAUCUACAGUGAUCAAGGCACAGAGGACGAGACCGACGUCUAUUCACAGGGAAGUCUAGAGAGGCAAACCCCUGCAGAGCAGACUGAUACUGAGAAGGAGGAAGAGAAGGAGGAAGGUGAGGAGGUGAACCUAGAAUGUGAGAAAAGCCCAGAAUUUUGGCCUCUGAAUCCAUACGCUCCAAACAGGACUCUCCCAGGAAGUGUGGCCUUUGGUUUAAUAGAUCAGGCGCCAUUUUUUCCUCAACAAGAGUAUGUACAGAACCAACUGACUGUGGACAUGCCUGAAUCUGUUCCUGCUAUCAGCAGACAGGGCAGCAGGACUCAUCACCACUGCCAUUCCCUCCAGUCAGGGAGCAGAGUCGGGGGCAGGCCUCUCUCUCUGUGCGGUCCCUCCAGUCCUCUGCCAGGCAGACACAUCUCCACCUCUCUGAGGCCUGCACCAGUGCUCGGUAUUGAGAUCGGCCCUGGAUCCACCAGUGAACACUCUGGACACAGCCCCACUGAGCACUAUCACCCUAUGUCCCCUAACAGCUCCUCCCCACCUGGACCUCUUCAGAUGUACCAGCCCCGAGCCUCCAGCUUCUCCCGGGGUUCUGACAGACUCUCCACCCACUCUGUGGCUCUGGAUAGCCUGGCUCUUGCAUUGGGGUCUGGUAUGGAGGUUAGGAGGGAAGGCGGAGGAGGGGGCACAGCAGGCUCAAGAGGCUCUAGCUCCAGUCAGGCCUCCAGUGGAAAUCUGUCAGACAGUGGCAGGCAGCAGGUGCUGGAUGCCCCGUGCCCCAUCAAGAGCAGCGGCAGCUUCAAGACAAAACCCGAGCUAAAGCCACGGCCAUUCAUGGGAGUAACGGACAAAGCAGUGCGAGUCCAGGGGAAACAGACCUCUGGCCUGAGCCGACAGGGUGGAGUAGGGGUGGAGAGUUUCAGUAUGUCAGUCAUGGAGUUCCAAGGACUCAACAGUGAGUUCAAGCAAGCCUCCUUCCAAGAGCAGCUCUGUGGAAGUCAGGCCAACAGCCAGCAGAGCCGGGAGUUUGGAGAGAGGCUCCACCAACGAGAUGCCAGAGGCACCACAUCCUCCCAGCUCCGCUGCCCUGAUGGGAGGCCCAGACAGGCGAGCCUAACGAGAGACAACCCGGCUCUGCACACGGCUCCCAUCAAACCCAAACGCUCAUUUAUAGAGUCUAACGUCUGAAUAUAGUUUAUCAGAGCACAGAUACAGGCCGUUUCCAACAACCUAUGUCACACAUAAGGUAGCAAGAGAGACUGGUUUGAGAGCAGAUCCCAUCCCCGAGCCUAUUUUGUUACACUGCAUUUACAAUCUAGAACCAGUUUUCAACUCAGGCUACUAUGCUUUUGCUUACAUGUCUACAGCUACAGUAGUGUAUUCAAGAAAACCAGACAUACCUUAAGUAGGGGUUAAAAAAAAAGGUAGUACAUUGUCUCAAAUUUUAAUUUAUUAAAUCUAGUUAUCAGAAAAGGCUUUGUGCAUGAAUAUACAAAACCUCAUGCUAUUAGCUGCAGGAUAGGACCAUUUCUAUUGUCAAGUGUCUUAAAAAACAUUUAUAUUUGUACGUGUACACUAUAUUUGCAGAUGAUAUAUUUCCCUGUAAGUGGUUAUCUGUCAGCAUUGCAGACUUCAAGAGAAAUGACUGUGUACUUGAGAUUCUUUUUUCUUGGUACAUUUGAUAAAAAUGCAAAGUAAUGACAUUGCUGAAAACGUCUUAUUUUAACCUAAUAUUGAAUUGACAGCUUCAAUAUUCACAGUAUAUGUCUUUUUAUUUUUGCAUAGCACAGAACAUAUUCAUAUCAAGUGUUUAUUGGUUUAUUUGGACAAAGGGAAUUUACACAUGGAUGAAAGACCUUAAGAGACUUUUACACUGCUGUAUGUCCAUAGUCGUCGUAUUCCCUUUUCAGUCAGUCAUACUAUGGAUUGCAGAAUGUUACCACGUUAUUAUGGUGGUAUAAUAAAACAUUAAUAGAGAUUUACAUUUCGGCUUCUACUUCUACGUGAGAAUCCACAAGUUGCUGCAAUAAGCUUCAUGAAUAAAGGGUCUUGUCGAUUCACAAUCCAAACCAAACUUAUCUGAACUGAAACUUGACCAAGCCAUCAAAAUAAACUAGUCAUGCACAUUGCAAUUUUUGAAAAUUGUGGAAAUGUCCUCAGUAAUUUCACUAAAUGCUGGACGUUGCACAGGGAGGUAAACCCUACA